GGACAAGCUAUAUUCAUGCCAUAAAUUAGGGUGAAGAAAAAAGAAUUUUACCCCCGGAUUCAGACCAAUAUUGUCCCAAUGGCCAUGUAUAGUCUCCAAUUAUAGAACAUCCGCCUCCUUUUCUUUCUGGAUACUGUUCGUCUUCUCGCAACCAUCUCGAUCGUCCUCCAUGAGUCCAACUUCAGCGACGACAACGGUGAUGGACUCCUUGAUGCCAACAGAGAUCAACGUGAUCACCCUCAACUGCUGGGGCUUGAAAUUCAUCUCGAAGUGGCGCAACGAACGGCUGGUGGAAAUCGGGAAACGCAUUGCAACCGUAGAUCCCGUUCCCCAGAUCGUCGGCUUACAAGAAUGCUGGACGCAGCAAGACUACCAAUGCAUACGGAAAGAAACGAAAGACAUUCUGCCGUAUGGGAAGUUCUAUCACAGUGGUAUAUUUGGUGGCGGACUGGCAAUACUGUCGAAAUGGCCGAUUGAAGAGAGCAGUAUGGUCCGGUAUCCUCUGAAUGGAAGACCAACUGCUUUCUUUAGAGGCGAUUGGUAUGUGGGGAAAGGCGUUGCGUGUGCGAGGAUACGGUACGGUGCUGGGCUGAAGGAUGUAGUGGAGGUCUUCACCACGCAUCUUCACGCACCCUACGAAAAGGAACCAAACGACUCAUACAUCUGUCAUCGGACAGCUCAAGCAUGGGAAAUCGCAAAACUGAUGCGUGGGGCUGCAGAACGGGGGCAUCUUGUCCUUGGACUUGGAGAUUUCAACAUGAUACCUAUGUCUCUGGCUCACAAGCUGCUUAGCACACAUGCUCCAGUCCGCGACAUCUGGAUGCUCUUGCACCCAGACUGUUCACUUGGUGCCGCAGAAGACCCAGUUGAGAAAGCACGCCGUCGACCUAUUCCCACCGCAGACAUCAAUAUUCUCGAGAAUGGCGCCACUUGCGACAGCGUUCUGAAUACCUGGCGAUGGAAUAAAGGACAGCAGAGGCUGGUCGGAUUGAAUAAACCGACCAUCGAAGUUCCAGGAGACAGGAUAGAUAUCAGAGCCAAACGUCUCGACUAUAUCUUCGCCAGCACAGCUUUCGACCCCACUCGGCCUGAACAAGGAGGAUGGAUCGUCAAGACCGCCAAAGUCGGCAUGCUCUACCGGCACCCAGACCUAGGAUGUUCCCUCAGCGAUCACUUCUCCGUCGAGUGUACGCUAAUUCACACACGGGCCAUCGAAGAAGAAGGCUCCAGCAACCAAGACGAAGAUCUAGCCGUCGACAGAGGAGCUUUCCUCCAAUCCCCCGCAACCAGUGAAUUCCGCACGCACCAUUCGCAGCUAAACCACACUUCACCGUCCUACCUACCCGUCGCAAUAUACGAUGAGAUCCUCGCUAUGAUUAAAAAAUACCAACUUCGGGAACGUAUGCAACGCCGUCUACGGCUAAGCCAUUUCGUUGGCUCUGUCUUCAUCAGUAUCGGCUGUUUCAUCGCUGUUUGGUGGAGCCCCAGGAAUUUCGUGGCGUUUAUAUUGAUGUUGUUGAGUACGUUAGGACUUUUUGCUGGAGUUAUUGAUGGCUUGAUUGGCGGCUUGUUUGUAGGGAGUGAGAUUAGAGCGUUGAAGGAAUUUGAGUGGGAGAUUAGUAAUGCAAGAGCGGCGGCAGGGGGCGAACCAAAUGUUUUGCAGGAACUGGGUGUUAAGGAUUGGUAAAGGGUGUGGCAUGGCAUUUGAAAGGAAAAUGGGCCUAUGGUGAUGAGAACAUGUUGCAACUUGAGCUGAAUUGUCUCUUGCCCCCUUGUAGAAAAGACAUUCUCUGCAAGCAUUCACUGUCCGAUCACGCUAUUCCUGUUGUGUCUAGUUUGGUAGUUGACUUUUUACAAAGGAGGAAAAUAUGAUACUGUUAACGC